AUGGCGUGGCUCAAAGACUUCGUGGAUAAGGCGACGGAGGAGUACAGGAAAGAGAUGAAGUUGGAGAGAGAGAGGCAGCAGCAAUUUGCGGACCAACAGCAGAGAAAAGAGAAGAGAGGUUCUGGGCAUGGGCGGGUUGGGCCGAAUGCUUCAUCACCAGGUUGGCAACAACAGCAGUAUGGACAAGCGACUUAUCAACAACCUCGAAGCCCGCAGUACCAGAGUCAGUCACCUCAUUAUGGACAACAUCAGAGUCCGCAAUAUCCACCACCGCCAUCACCAUACAGUCCCAUGAGCUCACAGCCAAACCAAACACCUUCACAAUCACCAGGAACAACAGAUCGCAGGACACAAUACUACGCCGACCUGGCCAAAUUCCAAGCCCAAGCCGAGCAAGCAAAGACACAAACACAACACCUCGAAACGCAAUGGCGCGAAGCCGAACGACUCGCGGCACAGUACAAAGCCGAGUACCAAGCACAAAUGAGGCAGGCGGAAGAGCAAAUGGCAAAUAUGAAUAUUGAUCAUAAUAAAGAAUUGGAGAGGUUGAGGGCAGAGGAGGCGAGAAAUUUGAAGUUGGGUGAAGAGGAACUUGUGAAGGAGCAGCAGAGGUUGUUUGAUGAGAUUAAACGACAGAGACAGCAACAGCAGAAUAGGGAGGAUGAUGAAGAGAGACCGCCCCUACCGCCGAGAAUUAGCACAGAGGAUGUUGCACCGCCUUUGCCGAGGAGACCUGUCUCUACAGCUGGAAGUGGAAGUGGAAGUAUGAGUCCUAGAAGGUCGACUCCUUAUCAUUACUCGGGACAGAAGGAGUCUCUCUCGCCUCAGAGUCCCCAGGGUCAAGUACCGCCUCCUCCGCCUCCUCCGCCUCCUCCACCGCCUGGCCCUCCUCCUGUUCUGAACAAGACCCAACGUCAGAGAAGUGCCAGUCAGGUUCCUCAACAAGUGAGUCCUCAGGUUCAUGUACCGCCUCCUCCACCACCUCCUCCUCCGCCGCCGCCUGGCCCUCCUCCUAUCCUGUCCACGGCCCAACAUCAGAGACCGGGUGCUAGUCAGAAUUCUCAACAGGCGACCUACAGUCCUCAGCCAUCAAGUUCACAGACAAAACCAACAUCCAAGGUACAAGAUCAGGUAGAUCAAGGAAGAAGAAACCCAUAUAAUUUACCGAGUCCUGAAUCUCGGUCGCAUAAACUAAGGAAUUCUUUCCACCCACCAUCUCCUUCCUCUGGAUAUACCUCCCCUCGGCAGCAGCCAGAUUCGCCUCGCCCAGUUCCAAGUCCUCGCCAACAGAAACCUCCCCCUCGUGUGAGAACGCCCGAACCCGCACUUCGGCAUCCAUGCGGUGCAAAGCCAGGAGCCGAAUGCUCAGGAGCUCUGACUUCGUCCCCCCAACACUGGUUCUAUCACGCUUCAGUUCCCGAAUUCGUCAUCUGCGCCCGUUGCUACGUUGAUCACAUAUACGAUACUAAGUUCUGCAACUCGUUUAUAAAGACCUUUUACGAUGAUGGUGAAAAGCGGAAAUGUCGGUUCAGCAGCAGACGAGUCAAAGACAAUCUCUUCCCUGCGGCGGUCAAUUCUGGAAGCCUGGACCAGCUUAUCGAGUUUAUGCAUAAAAGAAUCACCAUCAAAGACUGCAGGGAGCAGAAUGCCGUUGAGGGUGAGUUGUGGUACAAAGCGGAUGACAUACCCAACGGGACCAUCUGCCAGGCCUGCUUUGAGGAUGGUCUUAUUACAUCCUCCUUUGCCAAGUACUAUCGUCUCCAAGAUAGUCAAGGAGGCGCUUAUUGUGAUUUGAGCGUGUGGUUCCUCAAGCGCAAGUUCAUGGAAUAUGCUAAAGAGAAUAAAUGGGGUGAGUUCUGUCGACAGUUCAAUGACAGGGCGCAACUACCGGAUUGUCCAAAACUCAACGUUGUCAAGGCUAGCCAAUAUACGUGGUACAAGCCUAAAUCUGGACCAGAGGGACUGCAGGCUUGCGGAGCGUGUUACCAUGAUUACUUCCUGGCUUCAGAAGACGAGGAAAAAUGGAACCAAAUCAUUGGAGGUGAUUUCGGCACGAGGUGCAAUCUGGGCCAACUGAACCAUGUCAUUCUCAUGCACCAAGCCAUGGACGAUGAGGACAGAAGUCUCUUUUGGAACGCGGUGAAGGAGAUAGACAAGUAUCCGUUCUGUAGCAGUCAGGGCAUCAGGGGCGGUGUUUGGUAUACGCCCAUUAACGACGCUUCGUGGGGUAUCUGCGCUGCAUGUUACGAGGGUAUCGUGAAGCCAGUUGGAGGAUCGAGGUGGUUUAUGAGAGACACAGAUGUCACACAGGAUGGCGUGUACAUGUGCGGCUUCAAUCUGGGACAUCCACGCGCGUUCAAAGCUCUGGAGACAUACGCCAAUGCCAGGAACUGGGGAGAUGGCAGGAUUUUCCUCGACUGGGCUGCGCAAUGGGGCUCUGUUGAACAAUGCCCACGGAUCAAGUUCAGCAAGAACAGACGUUGGUGGGGAUGGGGAGUCGUAGCCAUCUGCGAGGAUUGCUAUGCCUCCUUUGCCAAAGGGACAGCUCUGGAACCCCGAUUCUCACUCACAGGCCAAAGAGAACCUGACAAGGAACGCAUGUGCGAUCUCUUCUCACCUCGCAUGAGGAAUCUAUACAGCGAGACUUGCACAACAGGUGACCUGCAAAAAUUCCUCGAAAUGGCGGAGCAACGACACAUUGUCUACACGCAGACAAUUAUGCAAUGCGAGCAAAUCCUAAACCAGCAAAAGAUAGCUGCGAUGCAGGCACAGAUGUUGGGUACGCAGGGUACCUUUUACAAGAGUAUGGGACAGACGCAUGAUGUGACGGUGGGACAUACAUACACGGUUGGAAAUGCGUAUGCUGGGUAUGGACAUGAGAAUGAGUACGUGCUUCAAGGAUAUACAUACGAUAGACAGGCGAGAGAGAAGGCGGCUGAGGUUAUGAGUGGUGAGCCGGUGAUGAGGGUGCGCAUGCUUGAGGCAAGGUGGAAAGAGGUUGAGUGA